AUGGGAGGAUGCUUCUCCAAACCCAAACCAGGUAACCAACGCGCUCACUUGAAAUCAAUUGAAGUUAAAGUGGAACUCUCUCUCCUGGAAAAAGAAAAAGAGAUGGACGGGCUGUCACCCAACGGCAAAGCGAGUCCCUUUGCUGACUGCAGACCUAACGGGGCCCUGGGCCACGGCUCUGACGACGACUCCACGCCGCUCCCCCUCUACCACAAACCACGGGACUAUGUGGAGGCCUCCGUCUGUCAUGUUAAAGAUCUGGAGAACGGACAGAUGCGAGAGGUUGACCUGGGAAGCGGCAGAGCUUUGUUGAUCAAAGAACACGGCGAGUUCUCAGCCAUGGGCCACAAGUGUCCACACUACGGAGCACCGCUGGUCAAAGGUGUGUUGUCAAAAGGCCACGUGCGCUGUCCCUGGCACGGCGCGUGUUUCAACAUUGCAACAGGGGACAUCGAGGACUUCCCCGGGCUGGACAGCCUGCCGACCUUCCAGGUCAGAGUUGAAAAGGACAAGGUGAUCAUUCGUGCAAACAAGCAGGCCCUUCAGUCGCAGAAAAGGUCAAAGCCCAUGGCCCGAUGCUCAGCAGUCAUUAACUCCAGCACAGGCUUCAGCCAUGUCCUCAUCAUUGGCUCAGGUCCAGCAGGUCUGGUGUGUGCAGAAACACUGAGGCAAGAGGGCUUCACCGACCGCAUCGUCAUGUGCACCAUGGACAGACAUCCUCCAUAUGACAGGCCUAAACUGAGUAAGUCCUUAGACAGCACAGCGGAGCAGCUGAGACUGCGCUCCAUGGACUUCCUACAGGACCAUGACAUUGAACUGCUCACCGAGAAAGAGGCUGUGGCAGUAGACGUGAAAACGCGGUCUGUGACUUUUGAGGAUGGCUUGAGGAUGGAGUACAGGAAGCUCUUUAUUGCUACAGGAAGCAAACCAAAACCGAUGAACUACAAAGGCAAGGACGUCAGGAAUGUGUUUCACGUCCGGACGCCUGAGGACGCCAACAGCAUAGCGAGGCUGGCCAACAACAAGAACGCUGUGAUUGUGGGAACAUCGUUUGUUGGCAUGGAGGUGGCCGCAGCUUUAACCGACAAGGCCCACUCGGUCUCUGUCAUCGGGAUCGAGUCAGUCCCCUUUAAAAAAGCUCUCGGGGAGAAAGUGGGGAAAGCCAUAAUGAAGCUGUUUGAGGCAAACAGGGUGAAGUUCUACAUGCUGAACGAGGUGUCGGAGAUGAUUGGCCAUCAUGGACAGCUGAAAGAGGUGGUGCUGAAGAGUGGCAAAGUCCUGCGGGCCGACGUGUGUGUCAUCGGAGCAGGAAGCAUUCCUGCAACAGGCUUCCUGAAACAGAGCGGCAUCCACAUGGACUCCAAGGGCUUCAUCGCUGUCAACAAGGUGAUGCAGACAAAUGCCGAUGGGGUCUUUGCUGGGGGAGAUGUGGUGAUUUUUCCUUUCCCGCCGCGCAACAACAAGAAGGUGAACAUCCCUCACUGGCAGAUGGCUCAUGUACACGGAAGGGUGGCAGCUCUCGGCAUGAUGGGCAGAGCCACCGAGAUCAAAACUGUGCCUUACUUCUGGUCAGCCAUGUUUGGGAAGACCAUACGCUAUGCAGGUUAUGGUGAUGGAUUUGAUGAUGUCAUUAUACAAGGAGAUCUCGAUGAGCUGAGAUUUGUGGCGUUUUACACCAGGAGCGAGGAGGUGGUGGCUGUUGCCAGCAUGAACUAUGAUCCCAUUGUAUCCCGAGUGGCAGAGGUCUUAGGCUCCGGAAAGACGAUUAAGAAACGAGAUGUGGAGACUGGAGACAUUUCUUGGCUGAUUGACAAAGGCUCUCAAUGACUUCACAUCUGAAGGCCACAAGGACAGACCCCAAGUCCACCUCACUGUGGACACUUAUGGUGCUGAGACACUGAGCAGCUAUCCCGGUCUGGACACACACUCACACACACACUGGGAAGAGGACUAUUGGAGACACACUUCCCCAAGGACGACACUGAAACUUGCUUUUGUUCCUGAGAGACACUUUGAGGUGACAAACGGAGCCAAUCACAGUCUGAAUACACUGAAUCACUGUGCUGGCAGGUCUUUUAUGACACUGUUGUCAUGUUUCACAACAAAGCAAUACUGGAUUCAGCCUCUGCGCUGCUGCAAGAUGUAUCUACCUGUACACUUUGUUUAUAAGAAGCCAGGGACGGGCAUUGGCAUUUUUUGUACAAAUAGCAUUGUAUAUAGCUAUAAUCCUGAAUGCACUGUAACAAAAUAAGAGCAUAACAAUUUGAACUGAAUUUUUCUAAGUUUUAAAUAACAGAUCUGGUUGUGUGCUUGCAUACAGGCCUUAGAUAUGCAUGGUAUAAUUUACUGUAAUAGGAGGUUAAAAACAUAAGCCCCUAAACAGAGAGUUUUCUAUUUAGACGUUAUCAGCGAACAAAGCUUAAAUCUGCUAAAAACAAAGUGCAUAAUCACUUGCAGCAGAACCCUGAAUGCAGCUUUAACACACACGCAGCUUUAAUGCGUAAUAAAUGACCAUUUCUAGGAUUACAACAUACCUCUUUGUAUUGGUUGCCUUGCUAGUAGAUUGCACAAAUGAAAUUCUAAUCAGACUUUGAUCACACACUAGUGCUUGCACAAUAGAUUCAUGUAUUUUCUAAGAAAUAGAUUUCACCCCUCUAGACAAAUCCUAUAGUAGCUUAAGGUUAUUUUUGAUAGCUGUCACCUCCAUUGGGAUAUUCUUUGUUACUAACUCAGGGAACUGAGGUUUGUGGCCUGGUCGUGCUGGGGUUACUGGUCCUUUUGCAAGCAGAGGUGGAGUUAUUGCUUUAAUAUUUCUUCCCCUCCCACAAGUUAUUGUAAUUGCAUCUCAUUUUCAUUCAGAACUGGUUGUCAUGGGUGUAAAGAGGGGUAUAAAGCAGAUGCUCGAUUACAUCCUGGUGUGCUGAUGAUCCCAAAAUACCUGAGCCCUGACACACAGCGUUUUA